AACUGGUUAUGUCAAUUUCUAAAUUACCGAUCAACAAUGGCACUUUAAUAUUUUUAUUUUUUUAUUAUUUUUUUUUUUCUGACAGCUGUCUUAUACACCAGGUAUUUUGAUUGACUCACAGAGUAGAUAAAAUUAUUAAUAUUACAACUUAUAAAAAAAAAAAAAAGUUAGUUGAAAAAUAAAAAUGGAGCCGAUUGCAAGUCUUGUUAAAGUAUCAAUUCCAAAUUAUUUAUCUGGAUUACCAAUUCCAAAUACAAUUGGAGGAUGGUUUCGUCUUGGAGUUAGAGAUUGGUUAUCAUUGGUACCACCAACAGCUCUGUUAGCUGGUCUUGGUUACAUGUCAUACUGUACAUUUUGUCCAGAAGCAACCAAGUCAAUCAAAGUUGUUGUUAAUCGUAAAAUCAAAAAAGAUUUACCAAAAGUUGUUGAUUUUAUUGAUGUUGAAGACCUCACCGAGAAGGCUGUCUUCUGCAGAUGCUGGAAGAGCAAAAAUUGGCCUUAUUGCGAUGGAGCACAUGCUGCACACAACAAUGAAACUUGUGACAAUGUUGGUCCACUAAUUAUCACAAAAAAACAAUAAAUUCUUGAAUAAAAAAAAGGAAAAAAUUAGAUUCAAAAUAAAAACAAUAAACAAAUCAUUUUCUAAAUUUUUUAUAAUUUUUUUUUGUAAAAUUUUCAAAGCAUUUGCAUUUUAAAAUGGAUUUGCAUUUUAAAAUGGGAAUUUCAUUUCAUUAUUUAGUUUUUUUUUUUUUUGUUGUAAAUAAAUAAACAAAUGAAUUAGAAAUUAAAUAUUUUUGCUUCAUUUUUUUUUUAAUUGUUGGAAACAGGGUGUAUGUUAAUUAAUUAAAUAAAAAUGUUGAAAUCAAAUUGC